UGUCACGGAAAACAAAAAACCCAAACGAAGUUUGCUUUCAGUCUUCAAAUAUUUCUGCUUGAGUUAUUUAGGAUUUCGCAGAAUAGAAAUGAAAAUAAUUGAAGUAACGGCUCGGGAUAUCAGAUUCCCGACAUCCCUCGAGCUACAUGGAUCGGACGCUGUGCACAAGGCACCAGAUUACUCUGCUGUUUACAUUGUACUGAAAACUGAUAGACCUGAUGGAUUACAAGGAUAUGGCCUGACAUUUACAGUGGGACGGGGGAAUGAACUGGUUACAAGUGCUGCAAAGCUUUAUGGGCAAAUGAUAAAAGGAAAAUGUGUUGAGGAUAUUUUUGCUGAUUUUGGGUCAUUUUGGAGAGAACUUGUACAUGAAGAACAACUAAGAUGGCUUGGUCCAGAAAAAGGUGUCAUCCAUCUUGCUUUAGCUGGAGUCAUCAAUGCUUUAUGGGAUUUAUGGGGAAGAAUGGAAGGAAAGCCUGUGUGGAAGCUCCUUACAGAUAUGAGCCCUGAACAAUUGGUGUCAACAAUAGACUUUARCUAUUUAUCAGAUGCCUUGACCAAAGAAGAAGCACUGGAAAUUCUAAGGAAAAAUGAACCAACAAAGCAAGAGAGAGAGAAGCAGCUGUUGGACACAGGUUAUCCAGCAUACACCACAUCAGCAGGGUGGAUUGGAUAUACGGAUCAACAGAUUGAAGAACUGUGCACAAAUUUUAUGCAGAAUGGCUGGACAAGGUUUAAGAUGAAGGUUGGAGGUGAUAUUCAAGAUGAUAUACGAAGAGCAAGAAUUCUUAGGAAAACUUUAGGGCCUGAAAGAUUUCUUGCCAUGGAUUCUAAUCAGCGCUGGGAUGUCGGUGAAGCUAUCGACACAAUGAAGAAAUUAGCAGAGUUUAAACCAAUUUGGAUUGAAGAACCUACUUCACCUGAUGAUGUCCUAGGUCAUGCUGCUAUAUCGAAGGCCUUAGCUCCGUAUGGGAUUGGUGUUGCUACUGGAGAACAUUGUCAGAAUCGCGUUAUGUUCAAGCAGUUUCUUCAAGCAGGGGGGAUGCAGUUCUGUCAAAUAGACAGUUGUAGAAUGGGAGGGCUAAACGAGAUCCUGUCGGUUCUUCUGAUGGCUGCAAAGUUUGGGGUUCCCGUUUGCCCACACGCGGGUGGUGUUGGUUUAUGCGAAUACGUUCAACACAUCUCCAUAUUUGACUUUAUUUGUGUUUCGGCCUCCCUAGACAAGAGGGUUAUCGAAUACGCUGAUCAUCUUCACGAACAUUUUGUUUAUCCCGUCAAUACUAAGAAUGGCCAGUACGUUGUUCCUAUGGCUCCUGGGUACAGCGCGGAGAUGAAAAAUCAGUCGUUGAAUGGAUACCAGUUCCCUAAUGGCGACGAAUGGCAAAAGUUGUUCAAGGAAGAGAAAUUUAUUGCUCCUCAAUAAUCUAUAAAAAUUAGUUAUUUUAUAUAAAAAAGUAGCAACCGAAAACUAUGAGAAGAUAGUUUAAAAAAUUAUGUUGAAAGAUAAGAUAGCGAUGUCAUGAUACUUUCAGGGAUCGUGAUUGGUGGAAUAACCGGGACAUUAUAUAGCUACUUUCAAUGAGAUUAGAGUCUACCAUAAUAAAAUAAUUACUAUUCAA